UUUGUGUUAGUCACGUGAUCCGGUUAAAGAUGGCGGAGUCGGAGACGUGUGUCAGGAGCAGCCGAGAGUUAUGGACUAUCUUGCUGGGCAGAUCUGCACUUCGAGAACCGGCCCAAAUCGAGGCUGAAUUGGAUCGGAACUGGGAGAGACUGCUGCAGGGUUUGUCCUUCUUCAAACCAGCGAGCACAUCGGCCGCAGACAAGCUGAAAGCAGAUAAAGACACACCACAAGCUCUCAAAGACUUCGGACUCAGGAUCAGCAAACUGCUGUGGACAAAUAUGUGUGUGUGUGUGUGGUACAGGGGCACACGAAACACACUCAAGGCUGUGCUGCAGGAUGAGAGACAGAGUCAGACUCUGCUGCUGAAGAUAACAGAUUACUACUAUGAAGAGAGACUGUGCGUUCUGCGCUGCGUUCUCCACCUCCUCACGUACUUCCAGGAUGAGAGACAUCCAUACAGGGCAGAGUACUCCAACUGUGUUAGUAAACUGGAGAAAGAUCUGGUGUCCACAUACAGGCAGCAGUUUGAGUCGCUGUCCAAAUCAGAAGCUCCAACAUGGGAGACGCAUGGAAACCUGAUGACGGAGAGGCAGGUGUCCCACUGGUUUGUGCAGUGUUUGAAGGAACAGGCCCUGCUGCUGGAGAUCUUGUUCCUGUAUUACGCAUACUUCGAGAUGCCGCCCAAUGACCUUUCCACCUUCACACGGCUGUUUAAAGAGCAGGGCUUUGGACAGCGGCAGACCAAUCGACACCUUGUGGACAAGAGCAUGGACGCGCUGGUUGAACGCAUUGGCUAUUUCAGUUCUUUGAUUCUUGUGGAGGGGAUGGAUAUCGACUUCCUGCAUAAAUGUGCUCUAGAAGAUAGAACCGAACAGCAUCAGUUGUAUGACCAACAGGAUAUUUGCAAGGAAGUGGAUCAGAUGCUGUUGACAUUUGGUGAUAUCUCUCAUCAUGGGCCGGUUCUCUUGGCCUGGGUUCUGCUGCGACACACACUGCGUCCAGAGGAAGUGAGCUCUGUGAUCAGACGUCUAGGACACACGACGCUGCAGCUCGGAGUCUUUCAGUACCUCACCAACAUGCUGCAGGCACUCGGCAGCACUGGAAAUAACUGUACAGCGAGCACUGCACGGAUGUGUAUAUAUGGUCUCCUGUCUUUUGUCAUCACCUCUUUUGAAGAAGACACACUCGGCAGCCAACAGCAUCUGAUCAAUGCAGCUUGUGAAGUUCUUGCUGCUCCGAGUCUGGCUGAGCUUUUCUGGGGGUAGUUGAAGCCGAACAUGGGUCUCGGUGUGAUUCUGGACAGUGCAGUGGGUGUGUUUCCAUAUAAGACUGGACCUUUGCUACAGCUGCUCACUGCACUGCUGUCUGACAAAUCUACAGCUAAGAAGGUGUACACCUUUUUAGAUAAGAUGUCGUUCUACACUGAGGCCUAUAAGCACAAACCCAACGAUGUGAUCUCCAGAGAGGACGGCAUUCUGUGGAGGAGACAGACUCCUAAACUCCUCUACCCACUGGGGGUGGGUCAGACCAACCUGCGGAUGCCUCAGGGAUGUUUCGGACUGGUGUGUGAAGGAAAGCAGCUGUCUGUGUGUGAACAGGGUUUCCUGGUGCGCUGGGAAUAUUCCUACAGCGCAUGGACUCUCUUCACCUGUGAGAUCGAGAUGCUGCUGCACGUCGUUUCUACUGCAGAUGUGUUGGCACAUUGUGAGCGAGUGAAGCCCAUCUUGGAUCUGGUUCAUAAGAUCAUCAGCACUGAUUGGACAGUGUCUGACUGUCUGCUGCCGCUCACAUCGCGGAUCUACAUGCUGCUACAGAGUAUCUCUGUGUGUUCUCGGCAGCCUGCGAAGGUUUGGUCCAGUCUGGAUCACACCGGCUUCCUUCCGUUCGCCUCCACCCCUCUGACUAACAUGGCACAGACCAUCAGUGCAGAGGGCAUGAAGGGGGGAAACUAUGGCAACCUGCUGGUAUUGAUUGAACAGCCGAGAGGAGAGUACAGUGUGACCAUUGCCUUUUUAAGACUAGUGACCACACUCGUCAAGGGUCAGUUGGGCAGUACUCAGAGCAGAGGACUCAUCCCAUGUGUGCUGCUGGUUCUGAAAGAAAUGCUGCCUACAUACCAUAAAUGGCGCUACAACACCUAUGGAGUGCGAGAGAGGAUCGGUUGCUUGAUUCUAGAGCUGCUUCAUGCUAUUCUCAAUCUGAGUCAGGAGGGGGAGUCAGAGGGCAGCACCCCCAGUCUGCAGUCGUUGUGUAUCUACAGUCUGGCCAACACAGAGGCAGGACAGGCGGUGGUUAACAUCAUGGGUGUGGGAGUGGACACCAUCAACAUGGUGCUCGCAGCACAGCCCAGCAGUGGUGGGUCUGAGGGACCUGGUCAGGUUUUGAUCCAGACUGUGAAGUUGGCGUUCUCAGUCACCAACAAUGUUAUCCGACUCAAACCGCAGUCUGAUACGGCCUCACCUCUGGAGCAAGCGCUGACACAGCACGGUGGUCAUGGCAACAACCUGAUCGCUGUGCUGGCGAAGUAUAUUUACCACAAGCACGACCCAGCGCUGCCACGACUUGCCAUACAGCUGCUGAAGAGACUCGCCAUGGUGGCUCCCAUGUCUGUGUACGCUUGUCUGGGCAGUGAUGCUGCUGCGAUCAGAGAUGCGUUUCUGACGCGACUACAGAGCAGAACUGAAGACAUGCGUAUUAAAGUCACCAUACUGGAGUUCCUCACCGUGGCUGUGGAAACACAACCUGGACUCAUUGAGCUGUUCCUCAACCUGGAGACCAAAGACGGCAGUGACGGGGCAAAGGAGUUUUCUCUGGGAGAGUGGAGCUGUUUGUCAGUGGUGUUGGAGUUGUUGGACUCUAAGCAGCAGGGGAAGUACUGGUGUCCUCCACUCUUGCACAGGGCGGCACUGGCCUUCCUCCACGCGCUCUGGCAGGACAGACGGGACAGCGCACUCUCGGUGCUCAGGACCAAAGAAAAAUUCUGGGAUAACUUAACAACUCCUUUAUUUGGAAACUUACCUCCCCCGUCUGAGACCAUAGAGCCGUGUGUUCUGGAGUCUUGUGCCUUUGUGAUGAAGAUAAUCGCCCUUGAGAUCUACUAUGUUGUCAGUGGUGUGUUGGAUCCGUCUCUGAAAGCGGCUCUGGAGAGUUUCAGCAGUAAGCGCCGUUAUGAGUUCUGGUCGAAUUACAUGUGUGAUCUUGUGUGUGUGGCCUGUGACAGUGAAGAGGAGGGUCUGCGCUCUCUGUCCGAGUCUCAGAUGCUCAUCUCCGCCUGGAGGACGCUCUUAAUACUCUCCACCAGUCAUUCUGAGGUGAUGCAUCUGAAGGAUGACACUGUCAGACAGAAGCUUUUCAUGGACGUGUUGGAAGGGACCAAAGCAGCGCUGCUGAUGUCUCAGUCUGUUUUCUGUUUGCGUCUGGGAUCCAUGAUGGUCACGCUGCUCCUCAUCCUCCUCAAACAGUGGAAAAGUGUGUUGGUGUCCGCUCCAGCUCUGCUGCCGCCGCUGUCUCUGAUGAUGGAAAGCGUUCUACAUGCUGAACAACAGCUCACGGACCGAACCAAAGCCAAACUCCUGUCAGCUCUCAUCUUAGCCCUGCAGAUACAAGGACUCAACGGAGGAGAGAUUACCCAGCUUCCCCAGCUGCUGUUUUGUGUGUGUGAGAUGGUUCAGGACGAGGCCCUGGCAUUGAUUGACAGCACACGUCACACGAUACAGAGAGGUGAUGUUCAGGAGGACAGCAUGGAGACAGACAGCCCACACAUCCAGAAAGACCAGCAAGACUCAGUGUGUGUGUUAGCUCUUCAUCUCUCUAAAGAGUUGUGUCGGGCUGAUGAGGAUGGUGAGCAGUGGCUGCAGGUGGUCAGGAAGCUGCCAGUUCUGCCGUCGGUUCUGAGCGCUCUAGAACUCAGUCUGCGCUCCAAACAGAACCUUUACUUCACUGAGGCAGCGCUUUAUCUGCUGCUCACACUCACAAGAACACCGCAGGGGGCAGCAGCAGUGGCAGGUGCUGGAGUGAUUCAGAGCAUCUGUCUUCCUCUCCUCAGUGUGUAUGAGGGUCCAGCUAACGGAGCCACGCAGGCGUUUGUGCGGAAGUCUCAGGACGCCCCCAGCUGGUCGGGUGUGUACAGACUGAGUCUGUCUCUGAUGGAAAGUCUGCUGAAAACCCUCCGUUACAACUUCAUUAAUGAAGCGCUCGACUUUGUUGGCGUGCACCAGGAGCGCAUCCUGCAGUGUCUGAAUGCGGUGAGGACGGUUCAGUCUCUGGCGUGUCUGGAUGAGGCCGAUCACACUGUGGGCUUCCUGCUUCAGCUCUCCAACUUCUGCAAAGAGUGGCACUUCCACCUGCCGCAGCUGCUCAGAGACGUCCAGGUGAAUCUGUGCUAUCUGUGUCAGACGUGUACGUACCUCCUGCACAGCAAGAAAAUGCUGCAUCAUUACCUGCAGGCUAAGAAUGGGGAGGGGCUUCCACCAGGGCCACACCCCCAGCGUGCCAUACAGCACGCCUCCAGAGAGCAGGAGGAGGGGGAGAGAGAGGAGGCGGAGUCUAAAGCGCUGCAGGCGGUUCAGUGCAGCCUGUUAAAGAUCCUCAGCAAAACCCUGGCCACGUUACAGCACUUCACACCCGACUGCUGUCAGAUACUGCUGGACCAGGUACACAUCCACACUAUAGAAACACUCGCCGCUCACAUGAAGGUGUUUGUUUUGAGUUUCACCACUCCUGCCUUUGACUCUGAUGUGGCGCCGUCGUUUGGGACUCUCAUGGCCACCAUUAAUGUGGCGCUGAGCAUGCUGGGAGAGAUUGAGAAGAGGAAAGAGCCGGUGGUGGUCUCUGAGGACACUCAAGCACUGAAGUCUUUGCUGAUGUUCUCGAUGGAGAACUGCUUCUAUGUGUUGAUCUCGCAGGCUGUUCGCUGUCUGAAGGAUCCUUCAGUUUUGCCCCGAGACAAACAGAGACUCAAACAGGAGCUCAGCUCAGAGCUGAGUACGUUGUUGUCGUCAUUAUUCCGUUUUUUCCGGCGAGGUUCCCCUUCCUCUCCAGCCAGCGGGCUGCUUCCCUCACCGCAAACCAAACCACCUACACCAGGAUCCAAGGCCACACCUGAGGGCCAGGAGCCCUUCAUCCAGCUGGUCCAAGCCUUCGUCCGGCACGUCCAGCGCUAGACGCACACAUCCUGCUCUGAUCAGAGCUCUGUAUUAAACAAUGAUUCAGAGAUCUGAAUCGCAGUCAAAGGGAAACUCCAGCACAGUGAAUCCGUUUCAGUGAUUCUGGCUCCGACUUCGAGCCUGUUUGGUGCCAAAGCUCAUCGCGGGACCUGGACUGCACACAGGGCCCUUACUAUUUAAAGGCAGUUCCCUUUUUUUUUCCCUCAUAAAAAUACAGAAGGUCCUACAGCAGCUGAUAAAAACUGUCAACAUACAUUUAAAUGUUUUUGUAGUUACAUGUAUAUAAUUAAAACAUGUUACAGAUGUUUGUCAUGAUUGUAUGCCAUAGCUGUUUUGUAUGAAACCUUUCUGUCCCAGUUACCAUACAUUUGUCUUCUAACCAUAAUAAACUGAAAGGGACUAAAGAUGA